AUGAAGAAAAUGAAAUCAAGGUGGCACUUAAAAAUCUACAUAAUUCUAAAGAUAUGACUGAUGAAUUUUUGAAAGAAGUAAUAGCUCAUGGAAUAACAAAUUCUAAUGAUUUUAUUAUACAAUGCUAUGGAAUUACCAAAGAUCCUAAUACUAAUAACAAUAUUAUGGUAAUGGAAUUUGCAGAAGGUGGAAGUUUACAUGAGGACUUAAUGCUAAAUUUUGAUAAAAUUACUUGGCAAACAAAGUUGGAAAGAUUAUAUUGUAUUGCAACAGGAACUCUUUUCUCUUUACGAGAAAAUGAAUGGUAUUCGCCACAAUUAUGCUUCUAA